GUCGCCCACCUUGACUCCCUCCGCUCCGCCAGCACCUCUUCGCCUGUGUCUACCUAGUAGUGUUGCCACCAAGGGCUUGCUGCUGCUGCUGCUGACAUGCCGCGACCCAAAGCACCGCCCACUCCGGCCUCCAGCACCGAUAUCAGAGCCAAGGACGGCUACCACGCUGGAGACGCGCUGAGUCUGCCUCCGACAGGCUACCAGGAGCACGAUGAUCGAACGACCACGAGCUCGACCACCCCGUCUGCCGCUGGCUCCGACUCAUCGCACAGCUCAUACCGUCCCACCUCGCCGCUCCAUGUCGUCGGGCGCCAACGGAUGGCGCCCGGUGGCGGAUCCGUCAUCAGCAAAGAUGAUUUCGCACUGCCGCCCCCACCGACGAGGUCUCGCAAGAUCAUACAGAUGAAGCCCAAGGGCAGCGCACAAGAAGCGCCCUCGGCUGCCGAGGUAUCGAAAGCGGCAUCCGCAGGCGACACCAGGUCGGCUGCAAAGGCUGGCAGCAAGAGAAAGUCAGCCACUGCUGGCACCACAGCAGCUGGUCGCAAGAUUGCCAGAAAGACCGCACAUAGCCUGAUCGAGCGGCGGAGGCGAUCCAAAAUGAACGAAGAAUUCGGGGUUCUCAAGGAGAUGAUUCCGGCAUGUCAAGGCCAAGAAAUGCAUAAGCUAGCCAUCCUGCAGGCGAGCAUCGAGUACCUUCGUUACUUGGAGCAAUGCGUGGCCGAAUUGAAGACACAGACUACUACACCCAGGUCCAGACGUUCGGCACCGCCACCUCCAAUACAUCCACCGCGCGUGGAGACCAUUGGUGACGAUGAUGGCGACGUGGACGAACCGAUGGAGGACGACGUUCACGACGUGAGCCCCUUGACGCGGGCGACUGUCAGUAGUGUGGCGCGUUCCACUUCCAUUGUGUCCCUGCCAUCGCUUUCCCAGAUGACCUCCACUUCUCCAUCGAUCUUCUCCGUGGGCGCAGGAAAACACCAUUCCGUCUCUUCUGCUGCAAGCAGCUACUCACCGUACUUUCACUCGCCAGCAUCAGAACUGCAAUUCCAUCAUGCUGCACCACCACCACCACCAGCGUCAUUCGGUAACAACACAUUCGGCCUGGGAAGCCCCGCCCUGAAGCCGGUCGAUUCGCACCUAAGACAAAUCGCAGAAGGAGCGACCGAGCUUUCCGCAGACGCACAGCGACUCGCCGCUGCUCACGGUAGUCGCAGCGACCAUGAGCUCGACCAGGAAGCGACUACUGCGCUUUUGAUGCUGAACCACGAUCGGCGCAAUUGGCGCGAACCCGGGCCUACACGAUCCGUCACGGGGAUGAGUGUGCGAGACUUGCUGGGCAACUAAAAAAAGUGAACUGUUGUGAUGCGUUGUGGUGAGCACGAGAUGAAUAGAUGAUCCGCGAGCAAAUGGUCCUGGAGGUCAAGAUGUCUUUUUACGAUGAGGAUGAGAGGAAUGUUUGUAAUGAAAAAUUUCGUUAUUCAGGUAGCCACAAACAACUGUACUUUCCAUGUUCAGGAUAUCGACCUGGUAGAGAGAGAGUGGGUCGUGCCACACCUUUGCCGACACCACACACUACACCUCCACGAGUAAAAUCCUCCAGUCAGAGAAAUGAUACCAGACGGGAUGGUUUUCUCCUUUGGUUCGCUUCCAAGGCCUCCUAGCAUUUGUGGAAGGGACACAUGGUCAUUCCUCGUAGCCGAGGUAUGGAUCGACGGUAGAACUCCCACUCUGCCGGUUUGCUCCUUCAUACCUACCUGUCAUCCCGUUCGUACCAAGUGCCAUUUAUAGAGCAUCUCGUGGCUGCCGUGGUUGAUGAGUCAUGUGAUAAAAGACUCUGGUCCAUCACCUGCAGAAUCCGACAAGGAGGCUGAACCGCGACUGCGGCGAGGACGGUCAGGACGGCGGAGUGAAUCCUUCGUGCCAGAAACUUCACAGUGGUGGUGAUUGCGCGGUGGAGUUCAUCUAUUAUACCCCAUCCCAAAGCCGAUAGACAGUAGGGUUGCUUGAAUUCCAGAGAUGUCUCUGGUGGACAAAGCACAGGGCUUGCCUCACGAUGCGAGCAUACCACCUCGGCUGGCAAAUCCAAACCCACCUCUGCCACUAUUGUCGGGCCCUCGAGGCUGUCUCACGGGCUGAUCUUCUUUCGGCGUGGUGUUACUCGAUUCUCGCUUGUAUAUUUGUGGGGGAAGGUCAGGAUCAAACAGCUGCUGGUUUCCCGCGGGCGUGGGCGUGGGCGAGGCCGACGGUUCCUUCGACGACUGCGGCUGGCCCCUGCGAGUACCAUUCAGCUUUCCUCCCCGGGGAGGACGUCGACUGCUGUCACGAGCCUGAGAGUUGUCGCGCGAGCUCGAAGCCAAAGUCGGCUUGGAGGCUCCCAUGAUCCUCUCCCGUGCCUCUGCAUAUCGCUUCUGCUUCUCCUCACGCUCAAUCUUCGCCCUACGUUGCCGUUCCUCAAAGUCCGCUUCCAGCUUCUUCCGCCGCUCCUCCUCACUGUCGUCAUCCUCGUCGUCGUCGCCCCUUCGAGCGUUUGCUGGGGGCUUUCUGCUGAGAAGCGUGACGGGAACUUGGUAGUCCUGCUUCAAUGGCACAACGCCUCGAGUCUCGAGCCAGUGGUGACGGGCGGGAUUGUCGGCAGAGUCCCAGAGCUGCUUAUUGUGCUCGAUAUGCUGCGCCUUGCGCGCGGCCUUGGUCAGCCGGGGAGCAGGGAGCGGUGCGCCUGGUGUUGUUCCUGUUGCUCCUGCAGGCGCCCCUUGGUGCGAGACGUGGUCGGCAACCUUUUCCCAAUCGUCGUCGUCCCAUGCAUUCGGCACGCCGCCUCUACCGCUCAUCUCGUGUCG